AUGAACAUCGGCAACGGAUCCGAGCCGGAGGACGGUCUUUCGGAGGAGAUGUACCAAUGCGGUGCAGGGAUCGACUCUUUCCACACGGUCUACGUGCAGAUGCACGGCUGGGCCAGUCUGAUGGUCUGCAUUUUCGGCUCCAUCGCCAACACGCUCAACAUUGCAGUGUUGACCCGCCGAGAGAUGAGUUCCCCAACGAACGCCAUCUUGACCGGGCUGGCCGUGGCCGACUUGUUGGUUAUGCUGGAGUACAUACCCUACGCCAGCCACAUGUACCUCUACCAUCGGCCCCGGAAAGACACCUUCACCUACGGUUGGACCCUUUUCGUACUUUUCCACUCCAACUUCGGCCAGGUCUGCCAUACGAUCUCCAUCUGGCUGACGGUUACUCUAGCUGUCUGGCGCUACAUCGCCGUGGCUCAUCCCCAGAAAAACAGAGAAUGGUGCAGCUUCCGUCGCACCGUCAUGGCCAUUGCCGGGGCAUAUGUCAUCUGCCCCAUCAUCUGCGUGCCUCUCUAUCUCACGACCAGGGUCACACCCAGGAUGGAGCUCCUAGACACCGAGGGUAAUGCCAUUAACCUCACCCUUUUCAAUGGCACUGCCCCCGAUAGUGCAACCAACACCACGCUUUACUUCGUCAACCUCACCGAGGUCGCCAAAGCCAAUGGUUUCUUGAACGACACCAACUUCUGGAUGUACAGUGUCGUUAUCAAAAUCAUACCGUGCAUUGCCCUCACGAUCCUUAGUCUUAGGCUCAUCCUCGCACUGGUGGAGGCCAAAAAGAGGAGGCAGAAACUUAUAUCUGCUACUGUGGUAAAGACUGACGAUGUCACGAUUGACGCAAGCGAGAUCAAGCGGAGCAGGAAAAAAUCUGGCAGGCUUAUCGAUAAGGAGCGCCAGACUGACAGGACCACUAGGAUGCUCCUGGCUGUCCUCCUGCUGUUCCUGAUCACCGAGUUCCCCCAGGGGGUCCUUGGACUCCUCAGCGUCAUGCUGGGAUCCGGCUUCUUUCAAACGUGCUACACCAAGCUCGGAGAAGUGAUGGACAUCCUCGCCCUGAUCAACUCGGCCAUCAACUUCAUCCUCUACUGCGCCAUGAGCCGGCAGUUCAGGAUGACGUUCAAUCAGCUGUUCUGCAGGUGGAAGGUGCUGGGCAGGUGGAUGCCGGUUUCACAGCACGGUGAUAACAACGGAAUCACGGGGACCAAUCACACGGUGACUCAAGUCACUCAAGUCUAGCACAGGCGUGUCCGGCAAGCAACUUGCUAUCCACUUUGAAUCUUUCCGAAGACCUUCACCUUCCACCCCUCCGAAAAACACCUUCUCAAGUUUGGACAUGCCCCUCGUACCGAAUUGUACUGUUGGCCGAAAAGGAAGCACAAAAACCAUAUCGCCGUGUAAAAAAGGAUAAG